UUGUCUUCCAGUAUCACGGAGUUCACCUAUGACCCGGAAAGUGAUGAAACCUUCCCGGCAUGGUAUCUCCGCUUCGAAGACGUUUUUCGAAUUGAUGGAAAAAUUCUUAAUGAUGCAACCCGGGUGCGGUUAUUGCCCGAUGGCGACGCCCAUUCACAAGCAAUAUGUCGAUUUUAUCCUAUCAUGCCACCCCCCGUGAUGUUUCUUUUAAAGAAACGGUUAAAAUUAUACAUCGAUGUUUGGCCCCCAAAUGUCCCUCUUCACCGCGCGUUACAAAUGCCCGAAGAUGAAAAAAUAGGACCAGUAAACCGGGACUGCCAGCGGAUUCAACUGGCUUCGCUGACCGAAGACCAUUUCAAAUGCCGCAUGUUCGUUUGCGACCUACAGUCCCCAGAGGAUGCCAAUAUUCGUAUGCAGUUGUUCAACAAAAUUGAGAAGGAGGACGAUGUCACCAUUCCCAAAUUGGUAGCCGAAUGCAACCGCUUUCUUAGUCUGAAACGUGACACUGAAAUGGUUGAAUCUGCCAGCGCUACCGAUUCUGCCGACAUAGCCACCGUCGCCAGGUCUCAACACAAAUCCAACAUUGCCGAUGUCGCCAAUCAGCAUAACCAACAAACAGGCCCAAACAAAAACCCAAAACUCCCUGCUGGUUCUGCGGAGGUAUGCAUUAUGUACAUGACUGUCCAUACAAGGGACACACAUGUUCAUUAUGCAACAAAACUGGCCACAAAGAGGGGUUUUCUCCCCGUCGCCCUUCAUCUACAGGAGGACCCAAAAAGUCCGUAGUU